UUGAGCUGACGCGGUUACAGCAUACUACAGCCAUGGCGUCUGGUAGCUUUCGGGCAUGUUGGCUGGAAAAGGUCGGGGCAAGCGUACAGAUGGAAGUAAAGGACGUGCCUUUCGAAGAGCUGGCGUCGGGUGACGACUAUGUGCGCGUGAAGGUGAACUAUAGCGGCUUGAACUACAAGGACGGCAUGGCCAUCUGUGGCAUCUAUGGCGUGGUCGAAACGCUGCCGCUCAUCACCGGCAUCGACUUCGUGGGGGUGGUGGAUGAAGCAAAGGGUGGCUUCAAGAAAGGAGACAAGGUCAUCAUGACCGGGUGGGAGAUGGGCCAAAAGUUCCAUGGUGGCCAUGCCGAGUACGCCAGCGUCAAGGCUCAGUGGCUCGUGCCUUUACCGGAGAACCUCUCCGAGAUCGAUGCGAUGACUAUUGGCACGGCCGGCUUUACAGCUGCCUUGUGCGUCAAGGCAAUGGAGGACACGGGUUUCAACAAGAGCAAACCCAUCCUGGUCACUGGCGCCGAUGGUGGUGUGGGCUCGGUGGCGGUCUAUCUCCUAGCGCAGAAGGGAUUCCAAGUUGCGGCCUGUACCCGUUUCAAAGACACAGAGCCCAGAUUGAAGAAGUUGGGUGCAACUGAAGUCAUCGGCGCCUUAAGCACGGAUAGCAAGGCCCUGGACGAAGAGAGAUGGGGAGGAGCCAUUGAUGUCGUCGGAGGUCCGACCAUUCCGACCAUUGCCUCACAGAUGGCCUAUGGCUGCAGCAUUGCCAGUUGCGGCGUGGCUGGAGGGCCUGCCAUUAAGACCACGGUGUACCCCUUCAUCAUCCGAGGUGUGAAACUAUACGGCGUGGAUUCGGUCUUUGCUCCUACUGACGUGCGACAAGAAGUCUGGACGGAUCUGGCAAAGGUGCCAACUGCCAUUUGGCAAGGGAUGCGAACAGAGGUUGCUUUGGUUGAUCUACACCAAGCAGCUUCCCAGAUUUUGGCUGGAAGUAUUCGUGGCCGUGUGGUGGUGAAUGUCAACCUCAAGACUCCGCAGCUGACAGCCGUAGAAAAGGAGGAGGAAGAUUUAGAGGCCUUGAAGAAGAAGUGCUUGGAAUUGCGCAAGUCCUUGACAGCAAAGUCCAAGAUAGUCUCUGCAGACCAAGCCAUGAGCACUAUCUUGGAUGGAGACUGCGUCACGAGUGCAGGCUUUGUAGCGACCAUGCCCUGUGAUGCAUUGAUCUCGGCCCUCCGCAAGCGUUACGAUAAAACUGGGCAUCCCAGAAAUCUGGAGAUGGUCUUUCCGAUCAUUGUUGGCGACCGCGAAGGUCGAGGUACAGAGCCCAUCACACCGAUGGUGUCCAAGGCCAUCUUUGGAUGGACCGAUGUCUGUCCCGCAUUCACCAACGCCGUUCUCAGUGGGAAGAUUGAAGCCUACAACUUGCCCAUGGGCCAAAUCAGCCACAUGAUUCGAUCUUCUGCCAAUGGUGUCCCAGGUCACCUCUCCAAAGUGGGUUUGCACACCUUCGCCGAUCCGCGCAACGGUGGCGGCAAGCGCAACAAGCAAACCACCAAGGAUGUGGUGAAGAUACAGGAACUGGAUGGUGAGGAGUACAUCUUUUACCCCACCCCAAAGAUCACCGUGGCGCUGCUGCGCGGCUCACUGGCGGAUGAAGCGGGGAACAUCUCCUUCGAACGCGAACCGUUGUUGUUGGAUUCUUUAAAUCAAGCCAUGGCUGCAAAGAACAAUGGUGGCCUGGUGGUGGUGCAGGUGCAGCGUGUGGUGCCUGUCGGAAGUUUGGACCACAGACGGGUUCACAUCCCUGGAAUGUUGGUAGAUAUGGUGGUUGUGGCCAACAGCAAGGAGCAUGCCGCGGUGACCUAUGCUGCGGCGGAUGAAGAGUAUGAUCCAACCCUGUCCGGAGAGUUGAAACCACUGCAGGCAGCGCAAAUGGAGGAGCUUCCUUGGGAAGGUCCCCGCAAUGCGUGUCAGAAGCGGGUCAUGGCGCACCGAGCGCUUUUCGAGGUCAAGAAGCCCAAAGCAGUGUUGAACUUCGGCGUGGGAUCUCCUGAGUUUGUGGCGACCAUGAUGGCCAGUCAUGGGCAUCAGAAUCCUGACCUGAAGGGUUUCAUGGCCACUGUGGAGAGCGGUGUUUGGGGUGGCGUGCCACAGGGCGGCCUCCGCUUCGGGACCAGCACCGGCUUUGAGGCCAUUGUUCCCACCAGCACCAUGAUGGAUUUCUACGUGGGCGGUGGUAUCGACUAUGCCUUCCUUGGCGUGGGAGAGGCCGAUGCUUGUGGCAACGUCAAUGUCUCCAAUUUCGCGGGACGUGUUCCCGGCGUAGGAGGUUUCGCGGACAUUUCCGCCAAUGCGAAGACGCUGAUCUUCACGGCCACCUUGACCUGCGGCAACUUAGUCACCAAGGUGGAGGAUGGAAAGCUGAUCAUCGUGCAGGAAGGCUCCAUUCAGAAAUUCAAAAAGAAGUGUGUGCAGGUGUUGGACUUUCUGCGUUGGGGUUUGAGAGAGUUGGAUUCCGACAGCUGUGAUGAAGCCCAACUGACGCUCUCUCCAGAGGAGACCAUCAAGUUCCAGGCUGGUGGAAGGACCCUGAGGCAAUAUGCAGUCCAGCCAGAACAAAAGCUGCCUACGGCACUGCACUCAUGGGGCAACCAAACCCAAGAAUGUCCAUGCGAGUGUCGGUCUCAGGGUUUCUCAGAUGAGCUCAUCAGUUCCAAAGGUAUUUACUCACAGCUGCUCCAAAUGCCUGCUUCUGCCGACGCACCUGGACUUUGGCGUCACUUGCAUGUGCUCGAAGUUUGUAUGCUCAAUGGAGUACCGUUGGAUCUCAACUGGGGCAGUGAACAGAGACUCAAUUUGUGUGCAGCAGGGCAGAUGGCAGCACCCAUGCAGUCCCUUUGGAUCGCAUCCGCCUUGGCCAAACAUGUACAGCUGUUGUUCACUCAUGACAUGCCAUUGGAGCCCUUGCAAAAGCUCAAUGACCUGAAACAUGACCUGUUGCGACAAAGCAAGCAGCUUUACCCAGAUGUCCAACCUUCGCUGUGCCAUGAUGAGAAAUGCAGCAUUGUCAUUCAUGAGCCUGGCCAGUCUGAAUGGACGCUUUCAUUCCAUUCUGCGGCCAAAGUGCAAGCCUUGGUAGUUGCUCACAGCCGCAUGCAUGGCAUUGAUGUCCAAGACGUUUGGGUGCGUGACACAUCAGGACGACUGGUAGCACAUGAUUUGCCACUGAUCAAGUUUGUCAGUCUCUCCAUUGGCAGUGCAGCAGUGAUGUUUUGUGCAGAACCACCGGAAGCAAUUUUGCUUGCUGCCCCUCUGACUGAAGCGGAUUUUGAACCAAUUGAGGCCGACGACGCCCAUGCCACCCAGGUUGAUGGAACUCCUGAGCAUGAUGCCAUUAUGGACUUUCCAGAUGCACCUGAGACAGAGGCAGCUCAUGAGGCUUUUGUUCAGAACCAGGUGACAGUACAGGACAACUCCAUUGCGUCCCUGUUUGGACUUGAAGCAACUCAGUUAGUUUCGCAACUACCGCCGCUUGUUCUUGAUGUUGAGUUGUGCAACACGAUGCGUUUGCCAGCCUUGUCCAGUUCCACCAGACUGAACUUGCUUGACCGACAGGGCCAGAUCUGGUCUGAUGAUGAAGUUUGGUGGCAAAUGCAAGCCUUGGGUUCUGCCACCAAGAAAACCCACAUUGCCCAGUUGGAUCCAAUCCUUGCGUCCUCAUGGCUUUCCGUUCAAAACGUUGACUCCGUGCGUAGUUGGCUAGCCCUGCAACCCAAGUUUGAUCGCAUUGUUUCAGUCAUUUUGUAUCAAGGGCAUUGGACACCGUGCAUGUGGGUUGUCAAAGCAUGUGAGUUGGAAGUGCACAUCUGGGAGCAUGAAAACAUGGAUGUACACGUGCUGAAUCCCUUGCACGGUUUGCUUUGUCAGGCCAUUGGUGUCCCCAGGUUUCAGAUGUCAUGCACACGGCGACAGUUUGGGCUCAAUCAUUGUGGAGCUGCAGCCAUCGCUUUUCUCCAACACAAAAUGCAAGGGACUGUUUUGCCCCAAGAUGACCAGCACCUGGCCUAUGUAGCUGACUCCUUGCGUGAAGACUUCCGUAUGUCGCAUGAAGGGUUUUCUCACAUGCCUAGACCGUGGUGCUGGGGUGCAGGUCUUCCUGACGUUGCUGAAGUUACCGCCUCCCUGCUGCAACAGCAUGGCGUGCCACCCAAUGCCGCACCAGCCAGAGCCAAGCUCUUGAUCCAAAGCUUAGGUCAGGACACUGUACGACAAGCUGUCCAGGGCUCAGCUCCCUGGAAAACGUUGAAGAGCCUAGCCAAUCAACAGACACCACCUUUCCAGCUGGUCCUGCCGGACGAACUCAAUGCAGUUCAAAAUGCUCGGAAGCCAAAGCAGAAGAAGUCUCCACAGUCCCACCAAAGUUCCUCAAGACCAAAGGUGCCACAUCAGGUUGAGAUUGAUCCCUCUAGGCUUGAACUUGCCGAGAAUACAUUCAAGAUGGAAGAUGGCACCAGUGCACCGCAACUCCAGCUUUCUCAAGUAGGACCUCUUGCCGUAGGUGUUGCCUUGGUUUCCUAUCAAGAUGCUGUACAGUUUUUGCAAGCUGGUCGCCAAUUGACCAGCAAAGGUCUGGCACUGCUGAUCAUCAAUGGCCCUGAAGACUUGCGUACUACGUUGCAGUGGAGUUCACUUCGUUUUGCAGCCAAGUGCUCAGCCAAUCAACAACCAGUGCUCCUUUCAGGUUUUCUUGUGCAGUUGGGAAGCCAGAACAUAGGACCGUGCUUUCGCUCUGAUGGCCCAACAGUGUCCGAUGUGCCAGUUGCCUGUGCUCGCCUGACAGUUUAUGCAGAUCAGUGGCAGCAAGACUGGGAAUCUUUCGCAGCCCACCCGUUCAAACAUGUGCUGGCCAAAUUGGCCCCACUGCAGUCAUGCCGCCUUGAGGAGUGCCAUUGUGACAAGUGGCAUCCAGAUCACAUGGAAGCGAGCCAAGAUGUGCUGUUGGAUGUCUUCAAACGGCAGUUCUUUACUGAUGCUGGCCGCCCAACCAAACCUCAAGGCGCCACACAUUUCAGUGUUCAGGUUCGAUAUCUUAAGUCCCAAGAAUUGGCCUUGCUCAAGCUGUCCGGGGUUGGUGGAAUUUAUGUUGAGCCCAGGGUGAUGGAUUCCUCAUCACCGUCUGAUGAAUUCCAGGUUGUUUGGAUGCCUCAAGCCUCAUUUGCAUCGGCCCAGCAUCAAAUGCAAUGUGAACCCCUGUGCUUAGGCCUUGCUAGGACUGGAAAGCGGUUUGGCCUCCGAGUGGCAGCCAAGCAUUUCCAACAACUGUUCCAGAAGCUCAAACCUGAUGGCCAAUUUUUGUCUCCAGGUGUUCGCCAGCUGUGGCAUUGUGGACCUUGGCCUUAUGGUAGUGACCGGAAGUCCAUCGGACGUGUCUUUGCAGACUGGGCUUGGCAGGCCAGGCCCUUACAGCCAGUGAAGCCGAUCGAAGGUGGAGUUAUGUGGUUGAUCCAAUCGGUUGCCGACCCACCACACACGGUGCAGAACAUGGCACAUGGCCAAGUAGUGAUCUCCCGAUGUGACUCCAUGAAGGAUGGUAUGACAUCAGCUGGACCAGUUGUUGGCCCUCAGAGCACAGUGGACUUGUGUGCAGCCACCUCAAGCACAGACCCUUGGCUGGUGCAGGAUCCGUGGCAACAGGCAGUCCGCCAAACCCCAAAGCAGCAAUGCCCAGAUGUCAAGACACAUCUUCAGGAACUGGAGGACCGCAUGACCCAAAGUAUCUUGGACAAGCUUCCCCAAGAUCGCAUGGAAACUGACGAGACAGAAAACCGUUUGCAGGUCCUCGAGCAGCAGAUGCAGCAGAUGGUUCAUAUGCACCAAUCGCUUGAGCACACCGUCACCGAAAAUCAUCGCCAAAACUCUGCACAGGUCCAGACGUUGCAGGCCCAGAUGAUGACACAGAUGGAAGUUCAAAGCAACCAAAUGGCCCGUAUGUUCGAGGACCAGAUGUCGAAGCUUGAGACGAUUUUGUCCAAGAAAGGCAGGUAUGAGUGA